AUGCCAGGUGAUGCGGCUUCCCACGAACACCUCACGUCGCACGCGGAGCGUGCCACACAGCGCCUGCGGCAAGUGGCAGACACCUUGCGGCACACAGCGCCCGUGGAUGCACUGCCGGCGGCGACUGCUGUGCUAGAUAGUCACGACGUGGAGGCCUUGCGCGGGGCGCUGCUGCGCUUGGCCGAGGAGCGGGACGAGUUCCACCGCUCCCUCGAGGUGAGCCACUUGGAGGCGGCCGAACGGGAAGCUUCGUUGCGGCAUCAGAUCUCAGGGCAUCCGGACCCCGUGGUGGCCCAUCUCCUGCGACAAGUGGAGCAGCUGCAAGGGUCACUGGCACGAGAGCGCUUAGUGUCCAGCUCCUUGAAGGCCGAGCUGGAUGCCAUUCGCUCCUUAAAAGGCACCGACUUGUUGAUCUCCUAA